AUUUACUCAACUCACGCAUAAUCAUGACCAUCUCCAAGGACAGAGUGAAGCCAUCCCCACAUCCAGAUAGUUGGAAGCUGCCGGAGAUCUUCAUCACCGGCAUCAUUUAUGGCGCCUACCUUGCUGUGAAGGCCGUGGUGUUCUUCUUCGCCAUGACCAGCACUGACUUCUUCAGCGAGAAGUUCCACGUGCGUUCGCUAAGGGGCAACAAGGAUGCGAUGAUGUCUGCCCUCUACCUUCAAGUGAGCAUCAUCAGCCAGGCCCUCAUCUUCGUCACCCGGUCGCGCCGCUGGUGCUUCCAGGAGCGCCCGGGGCUCUGGCUCUGCUUCGCCUUCGUCGUCGCGCAGAUCAGGUUCUCAUUCUGAAAGAAACUGCAACUAUGCAAGAGCUUAUUGACGGAGAUUAUGAAAUUUGCAGUUCUUGUUCUAGACAUCAGAUUGAUACUUUACCAAAGGUGCACCAACCGGACAUCCGUCUCCUAGGGUGAUGACGGAAUGACAUCGGCAGCAGCAGCAAUUACACACAGGUGAUGGUGGAUUUGUCAAUUGACUUCAUAUCUCUAUCUCUACUACCUAAAAAAAUUGCAACAUUUCAUUCCCAUCUUCCGUCUUAUGUCGUUUUGUCCAACCGCACACGUUUCUCUGGCCGUAUGCUAGAUUGCAAGAAUUGGAACGUUUCCUACUGCGUUUUUAAUGAUGCAAUACGGUUAAAAACUUUUUAUUACUUGGGUCUGCUACCUCAGAUUGACGCGUCAUGCUCGGGCAGUAAUAGUCUAAGCUUCAUCAUGUAAUAAGCUCCACCUGCGUGCACAGGUAAGUGGUUCUGGUACUGCUGCUAUUUUUGUUUGUUAUAUUUGCUGCCGGUCUGAUUGCUACUAGCUACUGUAUGUGCUUACCAUUUGGCUUUGAAGAGAUAUUUGCUCGAGGUUAUGCCAAUUAAUUUCAAAGCAGACUCCUCAAUUUGUAUUGUAUCUGAGAUCUAAUUUGUGCCAUAGAAUAUUAGCUUCUUCAUGGCAAUUUCAAUGUUACAUGUACCAUAGUAAGCCAAUCAAUAUCUGCACCAUAUUAGUCUGAUGCUUUCUUACCCUCUCAUCCUUAAUUAAUAGGCAUUUUCCAGAUCAAAUGUUGAUCAUUUUCUUUCCUUUGAUGCAUGUCAACGUGAAAGUAUGUGCUCUAGGAAAUAUCCUACUCAUCAAUCGGAAUAGUUAUUGUCAUUCUACGAGCUAAAAGACGUCGGUCAUUCUAAAAUGUCUAACUAUACUUUUAGCAAAGCGGCAACACCUGAAGUGUGUCGAUAUCUGUAGGUAAGGUUGUAGGAUGUCUUCUCACUUUUUGCCCUUGGCAGGCUUCAUAUUUUUGUCCCUAUGAUCCAGGAUUAGUUUCGUAGCCAUCUAGAGAUAAGACUGUAAAAUGAAGUUUCUCUAUGUGAAGGUGAAGCUAAUGUUUUCCUUGUUACUUCAACAAUUUGUUAUAUAGCAUUCUAUUAUUCUUUAUUUAUUGGAAAAUUUUGAUGGCACCAAAAUAUUUUAUUUGUGAUCCUUUUCCUAACCAAAUUAUCUCACGAUAGCUCUGCAAAUCAAAACUUGUGACAUGACAUCAAAUUGUCAUAAGAAAAAUCUCAACAAAUUGUAUGAUCAUUUUUCCUUAGCUUUGAUUAACAAUAAAACAUUUGUAUGUUUCUAAUUGGUAUAUUAGCUUAGCGAUAUUGUGGAUGGGUUCAUCCUUGCGGUUUAAGCUAAGGUAAAUUCCCCUAGAUUUACAAUUUUAUUCAAUGAACGAAAUGUCUACUUAUCUACACAUACAUCUGGGCAGGGUGACCCGACCAGUUUGAACUGACGAGGGUAGUGUAGCACAAUUGUCAAAUCUAAAGGUGAAGCCUAUGGGUGUGUGUAGCCGCCAAUCACCGUUGAAUUUCAGUGUAGUGCCAUAAAUCUCACCGUAUUGUAUAACCCUCGUCUCAUUGUAUCGUAUAUUUUGAUUUUUUUUAUGCAUCAAGGCGUUGCUAAUUGUUGCCAAGUGACAUCUACGGUCCCAACGGAGCAAAUAAAGUUAAUGCGAAGAAGACAAAAUUCAAGGAGGAAGUAGGAUAUGGUUAUUGACCUAAUAUUUGUGGUGUUGAACCACGCAUGGUUAUUGUACCUAAUAUCAUCCGUAUGUACUGUAGCUAUUUUUGCUGCUUUGGAUGGUGAACAGAAAAUUAUGUGAAUGAUAUUAACAACAAAUGGUUUAGCGAAUGAGGCCCUGAUUGGAUGGCACUGGCAAA